CAAGCAAUGAGCGAGCUUCUCAGAGUCCAUGUGUCCUUGCUCAGCGGCCGCUCUGCCUCCUUGUCUGUGGAGUGUCGCGAGACGGUGCGCCAGUUGCGAGGGGAAGUGCAGAAGUCUUUGGGACUCAGCAGUGCUUGCUUGAGCUUGCUCUCUGAGUCAGGGAAUUGCCUUGAUCCCAACCAAACCCUGCAAGAAGCGGGGCUUCAGGACGGCCAGAGCCUCACCACGGUGCUGCAUCGACCGCAGUUGGCUGCCACCUUGGGUGCCUUCACGCUCUGGUGGGAAGGAGCUGAGGAGCUGGUUGUCUGGGGCGAAGGUUUUGACCUCGCCGUGAAAGAGCUGCCGGAAGCCGUUCGGCAGCUUCGAGGUGGAGGUCAUGCCUUUGCAGCGCUGACAGAUGACCGCUGCAUCUGUUGGGGCAAUCAGCGUCUAGGCGGCGGCUUCGCUUCGCAUCUGCAGCAGGUGAGCCGGGUUCAGGGAACAGAUGCGGCCUUUGCGGCGAUCUGGGGAGAUGGAAAGGUCAUCAGUUGGGGCAGUCGACACUCCGGUGGAGACAGCAGUCAAGUUCAGGAGCAGCUAGUGGAUGUUCAAGAACUCCAGGCGACAGACUCCGCCUUUGUGGCAAUCCGUGCUGACCGCACAGUGGUGGCUUGGGGCGAUGCUUCCGCCGGUGGCGACUGCAGUCGAGUGCAGGAUCAGUUGGUGAAGGUGGCUGCGGUGCAGGCGACAGAUGCGGCGUUCGCGGCCAUCCUGGAAGAUGGCGGAGUGGUUGCAUGGGGCUUACAGUCGUCUGGUGGCAACUGUGGCAGAGUGCAGGAUCAGCUCCGAAACGUGCGGAAGAUCCAGGCCACCCAGUGUGCCUUCGCUGCGAUCAACAGCGAGGGAGGAGUCGUGACGUGGGGCCUGCGGCAGUUGGGUGGAGACAACAGUGAGGUCUCGGAUCAGUUGAGGAAUGUCGAAGAUGUGCAGGCCACCUCCGGUGCUUUUGCGGCGAUUUUGGCCGAUGGACAACUGGUGACCUGGGGCCAUACGGACAAGGGCGGUGACAGUAGCUGCGUGAGAGAUCAGCUACAGGGUGUGCAAAGAGUUCAGGCGACCCACUCAGCGUUCGCUGCUAUUCUGGAGGAUCAGACCGUGGUGGCAUGGGGAGAUCCCAGCGCGGGGGGUGAUUGUGGUAGCGUCCAAGCUCAACUUCACUCCAUUCAGCACAUCCAAUCCACCACCCGAGCCUUCGCUGCGAUCCGAAGCGAUGGCCAGGUGGUGGCCUGGGGUGAUCCGGCAGCUGGUGGGGACUGCAAGGUCCAGGAGCAUUUAAAAAAUGUCCAGCAGAUCCAAGCCACAGAUGCAGCUUUUGCUGCCAUCCUUGCAGAUGGGACAGUUGUUGCUUGGGGAGACCCAGAGAAAGGCGGGUGCCCGGCAUUUCCAAAUGGAGAUCAGGAACCAUCAGCGGGUCAUUGCGGAGGAAAAAGGGCCAGGGAACGCGGGCAACCCAGCAUUGCCCAUGUCCAUCACAACGGUACAACGGUAAGUCUGUGA